GUGUAGUGCCAGUCGACAUCAUGUUAGGUGUCGCCUUGAAAAAUUCACAUAUUAAACAAUAUGUCGUUAAUGAACGUGGAUCGGAGUACCAUGUAACAACGCCUCCCGGCGGCGGGUUCGUACCGACGCAGGCGGGACCGAACCAGGCCGUUCCGCCGCAGACGCAGCAACAGCAGCAGCAGCAGCAGCAAGGGCAGCAGGCCCACCGCGGCAUGGUGCCCAACGCGCCGCCUACGCCGCCGCAGCAGCAGCAGUCGCAGCAGCAACCGCAACAGCAGGACUUGAACAAGAUGCAGCAGCAGCAGCCGCAAAUGACAAUCCCUAAUUUUGUGCCCAAUGCAACAAGUGUGAGGGGAACCACGCCAAAUGCAUUUCCAGCCUUCAGACCUCAAGGGCAACCUCAGCAGCCGCAGAGACUUGCACAUCAUAGAUCAUAUCUACCACAGCAUGCAGCAAUGUAUCCGCAGGUUCCUAUGAUGUUCAGCACUCAAAUGAUGGCACAAGGACAGUACCCACCACGACAAGCAACACCAACACAAUAUUACUCUAAUCUACAAAAUUUUCCAAUAAUCAAUACGCAGCAUCAAAUGCCGGCGUAUGCAUUUAGUCAACCUUCGCCAUCCCAACCUUAUUAUUUUUCUGUACCUCAAAUGGGUAUACCACCCAGACCUGUACAAGGUACAAACGUACCCACCGCAGUGCCUGUUCAACAACAACAACAGAUGCCAAUGCAGGGAUCUGUACUGACUCAACACCAGCAUCAAACUACUCAAUUAAAUAAAGCACCAAAAAAUCAAAGGAGGAAACAUGCCAUAAAAAUAGUGAAUCCUGAUUCAGGGAAAGACGUUCUAGAGGAAGUGUUAGAUGAAAAGUCUACAGACGAAAGUGAAGAUUCUAGCGAAAGACAAACUCCUCAGCCUGUGCCUAAUCCAGAGGUUGCAGCAGAAUUUGCAGCCAGAGUUGCUCUCAUGGUGGAAAAAGAUGAGAGCAAUUCGAGAACUCAUGACGAAGCUCACCUGAUUGGAGUACCUUCAGGGGGUGACACAAUGGACGGUAGUGUUCAAGUAUGUCCACCAGACAUGACUAUGAUUAAUCAACAUAAUCAUUCUGAGCCAAAAAUUAUGUCCAAUGCCAAAGUUGUUAGUGGAGAUAUGCAGAUAUUAACUCAAGGUGUAGGUAAAUUAGGUUUCAUUGAACAAGGUUUAAUCGAGGACGACUAUUCCAAUGAAAGCAAAAUGAUUCUAAAAGAUGUAAAAAGUGAAAUCAGUGUAAGUGAUAGCAAGUUGCAGGCGAGUACGAGAGAAUUCAUUCCUGAAAACCAACAAGCCCAACGUAGCAUACCAGUGGUAAUUGGUAAUAAUACUACUCCUGUUGUAUCAGCAAUGUCUGAUGGACCUUCUGUAGAAAUAGUGCCAAAACAUUCAUCGAAAUCUAUGAAAAACAUAGUAUUAUCGCAAGGUUCUGAUUCUAAAGUGCAAAAUAGGAAACAACAGAAUAAAAGUGCUGAUCAGAAUCAAAAUGCUGAAAUUAAAACUGACACUUCUAAGCCACCAACUGGCAAAGAAAACCAACCUAAAUCUAAACGUAAUAGUGAAAGUGAAGUGAAAUUGAGAACAGAAACUAGUGUUGCAAAGAAAGAAAACUCUAACACGAAAGUAGUGUCUGACAAGCCAAAUGGACAAGAUUUGCCAGUAGCUAACACUGAAGCAAUAUCCAAAUCUUCGAGGAAAGAAAACCAGCCUGGAAAGCAACAGGCUACAUCAGCUAUCAACCAACAACAAAACUCUAACAAGGAUGUACCCCAAGCUCCAAGGCCACUUUACCAGCAAAAACAGCAGCAGUCAAAUGCAGGAGCGGUUCUUAAUGCGAACAUUUCAGUUCCGAUGCCUCAGCCACCUAAACCUAAUAAUAAGACACAAAGAAAUAAAGAAAUAAAUAGGAAAGGUGCAGAAAAGCAAGCAAAUGCAUCGGACAUGGACGCUUUCAAUUCUCCUGCGACUCCGCCUGCAGUUCCUGCAACUGCACCACCAUCCUCGAUGCCUCCUCCGCAACCACAAAUGCAACCCACGACGAAUCCUGCUGCAAACAUAGUUCCUGUUUCAAAUAAUAUAGAGAGCAGUGAAAUUCCAGCAAAGGAGGAUGCAACUCUUAAUUGCAACACGCCUCCGGCGAGCGAAGCAAACAAAUUGGUGCCUGAUAAUAAAGAUAAUUCAUUUGCCUCAAUGAUAUCUAAUAAUAUGAACAAACCUGCACCACUCGCUUCUAAAAAUGUUUUACCAAAGACACUCGAAGGCACCAAAAAGGUGGAUGUCACAUCUAUUGUCAAAGGCUCAGAUGUUAUGCCCAAAUUCACCAAGAAGGAAUCUCCAAAGGAAAGCCUGGAUUUGUUAAAUUUAACUGAAGAAGAGAAGUUAGUCCGGGCGAAAAAUGAAGAAAAUAAAGCUAAAAUGGAAGAAUCACAGUCAGAAACUAUUGGUGAUGGAAAAGUUACUUUAAAAUACAUUUAUCAAGAAGAUCAAUGGAGCCCUACGAACCAAACUGGAAAGAAGGUUUAUGGGAGGGACUUCUUGGUCGCUCUUCAGAGCGAUCCCAAAUCAAAAGUUAAACCUAACCUUCCUGACAUGGAUGUAGUUUUGAAAGAAGGUGCAAAUAGGCAAUUGAGUAGAGACCCUCCAAGAAAUUUCCCAAGUCUGAAUAGGCAGCAUGAUGCUCUGUUCCCUGGAUUUGCAAAGUCACAAUCCCAAAGAGUGGGAAAGUCUGGUGGUUCAAAAGGUGGUUCAGUUAGUAGUAAACCAGGAAUUAUACAUGUUUCAUUAUCAUUAAGAGAUGAAGUUAAAUUACAUGAAACUGAAAAUGCUUGGAAACCAUCCCAUAUGAAAAAUGUUAAUGUUAAUGACGACAGCAGGCAAACUGAAGAAUUGUAUAAAAAAGUACGAGGAGUCCUCAACAAGCUUACGCCACAAAAAUUCGAAACCUUGGUUAGGCAAGUUAGGGAUCUUGAUAUUAACACUACAGAAAGACUUAAAGGUGUUAUGGAUUUAGUAUUUGAAAAGGCUGUUGAUGAACCUAGUUUUUCUGUAGCUUAUGCAUAUAUGUGUAAAGAAUUAGCUCUUAUCCAAGUUCCUGCUGACCAACAAAACGGUCAAUCUUCAACUGUUGAAUACGUCAAUUUCCGUAAAUUGCUCUUAUCCCGUUGUCAAAAUGAAUUUGAGAAAAAUACAGUAGAUGAAACCGCAAGAGAAGUUAAACUGAAAGAAAUUGAAGCGUGUACAGACCCUGAGAAGAAGAAGGAACUACAGUUUAAUUUAGAAGAAGAAGAGCGAAAGAUUCGUGUUAAAUCUGUUGGAAAUGUUAGAUUUAUUGGAGAGUUAUUCAAACAAGGUAUGUUGACCACAAAAAUUAUGAUGCAGUGCCUUAGGAUGCUACUGCAGUCAAUUGAAGAAGAAAGCCUCGAGUGCCUGUGCAAAUUGUUGACGACAAUUGGCCGAGAUUUAGAAAUUAACAAAAAUCAAGAUUUGAAACCUACUUUUCUUAAAAUGCAAGAAAUUGUUGAUCGAAAACAUGGGAAAAUUAGCAGUAGAGUUAGGUUUAUGCUCCAAGAUGUAAUUGAAUUACGACUAAACAAAUGGAAACCCCGACACAAUGACACGAACCCAAAAACAAUGGAUCAAAUUCAGAAGGAAGCUGAAAAUGAACAAAUGCAAAUACAAUUGAUGAAUUCUACGCCCACUCCCAGGAAAGAUAACGACAGGAGGGGCAAUAUGGGAAGCAUGGGCUCAAACGAUGGCAGGAAGAGAAGUCAAAUGAACGAAGACGGAUGGUCUACUGCUGGAGGAAGGGGUUCACGCAGCGGUCACUCAUUCCCAGAUAUGAGCAAACUUAGACAAUCUUUGAUGCCAGCGAUACACGCUACAGAAGACAUUUCACUAGGUAAACCUCAGUACGGUAAUUGGGGCCAUGGUAGCAACAUGAAGUCUACUCCAUCACAAAUUAAUUAUUAUUCGGCAUUGGAGAAUGUUGAAGACGACAGACGAGGCUCCAGAAAUAAAAAUGAUCCUGGAUAUCAUUCUAAAGGACCUUCCAUGGAAAGAUACAAGAAAUAUGAUGAGAAUCGUUCUUCACGAAGCGGCUCUCAACAUCGAUCCAGAGACAAUUCUUCAUCUCGGUCACAUGCACCUCUUCAUACGGGUAGCGGUCGUUCACAACAAUUACCAGGCCCAAUGAGCAACAUGCCUCAAAUGACCAGACAAGGUUCAAUGCCGCCACCAGUAAUGACCCCAGCCUUUAACCAACUCCCACCACAGAGUCAAACUCAACCUCAAGUGGACAGUAAUAUUCCGAAAGAAGAUAUUCCAGAGAAACUACUGAAUAAGAUGAAACUUAGAAUUGUUGAUAUUGUAGAAGAUUAUGCAAAUAGUUCGUUCAAAAUUGAAGCUGCUGGUCAAGAAAUUCAAUCUCUAUGUACAACUAAUCAGCUCUAUGGGUUUGUUAGAGAAUUAUACAUGGCAUGUUUAGAGAAAAAUCAAGUUUUAAGAGAAAAAGCUGCCCAAAUUGUAGUUCAUAUGAUUAAAAAUAAGUUGCUUCCUAUUAAAAGCUACUUGUGUGGUCUAGAAGAAGUCUUGGAAUUUGCAGAUGAUCUUCGGGUUGAUAUUCCUAAGAUGUGGGAGUACUUGGCAGAUUUAAUCGCGCCCGUUCUUGCGUCUGAAUGUGUAAACUUGAAAGACAUUCAUAAAAUAUCACAUGUACUGAUAAGUCAAGAUUUGGCUGGGGAAUUUAUAGCUGCUAUUUUUAAAACUAUAUCAAAAGAAAAAGGACCUGGUCGAGUUAAAGACAUAUGGGCAAAAUCUGGUUUAUCUUGGAAGUCAUUCAUGGAUGAAAAGAAAGUGGAUGAUUUUGUUAAAUCAAAGGAACUGGAUUAUGUCACUGGAGGAGCAAUUCAUGCUAUAAAUAGCUCAAGUCAUCUUAGUAUGAAACAAAUUCAAGAAAGAAUAUUGAAAUUUAUGACUGAAAAUGAUUCCGAUGCAAAUAUUGAACAAUGGAUAACUAUGAAUGUUGGUGAUAUGUCAAAUACUCCUGCGUUUGCCAGAACUCUAAUGACAGCUGUAUGCGAACAUUCCGUAACUAAACAUUCAAAGGCGUGGGUUUUAUUGGAAAAUGUAUUCAAGAAACAUUAUGAUCUACUGACAACAUACAUUUCUAACAAACCCGAUUGUGAACUUCAAGCGCUUUAUGCCAUUCAGUGUUACAUGCAUAAAUUAGAAUAUCCACAAGGUGUUUUAGUGCAAUUGUUUAAUAUGCUUUGGGAUUCGGGUAUUAUAACAGGAGAUUCUUUCUUGCAAUGGAAAAAUAGUACUGACCCUGCAGAAAUUGAAGGAAAAGGUGUUGCUGAGAAAUGCCUCGUGUCUUUCUUCACCGUUCUGCAAGAACAAGAUGAUGAGUCCUCCACCGAGGAGUGACAGCUUGAAUCAUGACUCCUUGGGCUUCCGGUUAAUGAAGUCAUGCUACUAUGUGACUUUAAAAAGCAAGAUUAAAAAUAAUAUUGCAAUGUGGUGCGUUUGCGUAAAUAAACCGUGGGAAGUAAACCUACACUGAGACUUUAACCUAUUUAUAGACAUAUAAAAUAUAAUUCUUAAAUAUUAAAACCUUAGAAACUUACUAUAUAAAUUGUAAUUUAAAAACAGGUUGAAUAUAAAGUAUAAAUAAUUAUAGAAGAUUGAUUUCCUUAACAGUGAGUGUUAUGUUAAAAAUAUAUAUUUAAUACAUGAAAUGGACAAUGUUUCAUUUAUUGAAACGAACUUCUUGACUAUGUCUGCAAUCGAUGACUGUGAGUUAUAUAUAAAAGUUUUCUUAUAUACUUACGUGUAUAUAUAUAAG